AUGGCGAACUGGAAAGAUAUGCGGGCUUUUAAACAGGCUUCCCUGAAUAUGGUUCUGGCGAUCUUUGUCAUGAGCGUCAGUGUCUUUAGCUAUGGGUUUGACAACAGCGUAUUUUCUACCAUUCAAGCAAUGGACGCAUACGAAAAGCGAUUUGGUACCUAUAACCCCGAGACGAAAACGUGGGGAUUCACUACACAGCAUCUAUCCUUCUUGAAUUCUCUCGGUCUUCCAGCCAAAUGCGUUGGCGCAGUAAUGGGCCUUCUAGUAGCAGAGAAAUUCGGCAGAAGAAUCUCUUACAUUGCAAUGCAAUUCGUCGUCCUCGUCGGCAUCGCUGUCAGCUACAGCGCAACAGCUUACGGUGGUGCUCUAGCGGGCCGUAUUCUCGUCCAAUGUUUUGUUGGGUGGGAUAACUUUCUCGUGCCCAUGUUCCUGGCCGAGAUCAGUCCGGCGGCCCUUCGAGGCGCGAUCGUGGUAAUAUACGUUUUCGCGCAUAUCUUUGGCUCUCUCAUCUGCUCGUUUAUUACGCUCAUCACUGCCAAAUACGAAGGUGAUGCCUCUUGGCAAAUUCCACUUGCUUCUAUGUUUGCCUUCCCCGCAUUUGUGUUGUUAUUUUCCUGGUUUGUACCGGAAAGUCCCCGAUGGCUGGUUCGCAAGGGUCAAAAUGAAAGAGCCCUAAAGCACCUACGAUGGCUGCGGGGUUCUCGUCUGUCAGAGCAAGAAAGCCAAGCUGAGGUUCAUGCAUUGCAAGAAAGUAUCGAGCGAGACCGGGAAAGACGACUUCGCAUCGCAAUCGCUGUCGCCAUCUUCAAUCAAGUUACAGGACAGAGCUUUAUGAGUCAAUAUGGGGCUAUAUUCAUCAAGAGUCUAGGUACCAUGAGUCCCUUUACGUUCCAAUCAAUUGCAUCGGGAAUCACCUGUCUCGGACCUAUCAUCACCUUCACAUUUGUCGACAUGAUCGGCCGACGUCCUUUUUACCUUGUUUCCGGAACAGCCUGCAUCGUUGCUACCUGUACAUUAUUUGGCUUCUUCUAUGUUAUGUCAUUUGGUGGGAUUGGUGCUGUGACUGCUGCUGAGGUCCCUCAUCUACGACUACGAGACAAAAACGCCUUGAUGGUGUACUGCACUCAGUUUGUCUUCGAUUUCAUCGUCACUCUGACUCUGCCUUAUCUUUUAAAUGCCGAUUAUGCAAAUCUUCAAUCCAAGGUUGGAUUUAUUUACGGCAGUUGUGGUAUACUCGGUCUAACAUGGGCAUACUUCUGUCUUCCUGAUAUGGCAGGACGAUCACUUGAGGAGUUGGAACAGAUGUGGACUGAGAAUGUCCCAGCUCGCGCAUUUCGCAAAUGGAAAUCGCCUGCGGAAACCGGUGCUGAUGAUGACAUGGCCAAAAUUGCAAUCUCCCCGAAACAAGAUUCUGACAGGUGUUAA